GUUCUGUUAGUCUGUCCACAGACGCGCUAUCGUACGCACGUUGGAGACGCUGAUUCAGCUGCAGUUUACAUGCGUGAUAUAGGCAGUUAGAUUCACUCCACAAGUUGCUAUUAUUAAUUAAAAUUAUACCCUAAACGAAAUUUCACUCAUCAUUUUACCCAAUUGUCUUCAUAACUAUUUCCUUAUUUCCACAUUUCCCCAUUUUCCUGUGUGAUGAUGAUUUAAUUCGUUGAUUUAAAAAAAAAUGUGCGUUUGCUCCGGAGUACUUGUCAAAUUGACAGAUUAACCCAACGUGUCUCAAUAUCGUACAUUCGGUGUGAAAAAGUGAAGGCGUCGAAAUAUAAAGGCACAGUGGAAUCACUCUCUGAAUAGACAAGUUUUUGACUGUGGAUUAUAAUUGACAUUUACUGCUGAUUCCUGAAUGCACAUCUACACAAAGAAGGGAAAAAAAUCCGGAGAAUGGAUAAGGAAGAGAGUUGCUCUAUUCCUAGGAAUAAUAUGAUACGAGGGAGAAUUUAUGCUUAAGUGGAUAUAAUUACUCGUGUACUCAAUUCCAACCAUUUUUACGGAUUGGAUCGCAUAAUUUAUGAAUGGAUGGAGGAAAGACGGUAUAUAUUGGAGGACGAAAGAAGAUCGAAGAUCUGGAACGUUUGGAAGACUGGCAGAGUACAUCUGGAAUAGCAUUAUGGAGUUUGAUACUCCUUGGGGGCCUCAUCCUGAAUUCCACCCUGUUGUUGGCUUUCCUGAAGCGACCGGGUCUUCGGACAAUAUCCAACAGAUUUGUGAUGAAUUUGACAAUCUCGAAUGUCAUCACUUGUUGCGUUUUAAAUAUUUUGCUGAUGCUGGAUGGACCGGUUUCACAUUCCAAGCCGUGCAUGUGCGCUGUUGCAGAAGGUGCAACAGCUCUCGUGACAACCUCAUCAGUAUUCUCAGUGCUGCUAAUUGCUUUGGAUCAAUACUUGGCGGUAGUCGACCCUCUGCGCUAUCGCACACGUAUCGAUACCUUGAAAUGUGGAAUCCUAGUGGCUUCAGUCUGGAUAAUAUCAUUGACAUUGAGUCUAAUAGCAGCACUAAAUCCAAAUCCAAAAAGUAUCUGGCUAACGUGUCAGCCUUCAGUUAAUUCAGUCGCUCUGAAUUCGAGUGAAAAAAUUGACGAAACCCGUAGCAUUGAUCAACAGAUAAACGUUGACGAAUCAAAUAUUUCCAUGACAUAUGGCCUUAUUUACACACUAGCAUUCAGUCUAUUUGGUUAUUUAUUACCGUUCGUUGGGGUUUGUUGGAUUUAUAUACGAAUAUAUACGGCAGCGCACAACAAUUCAAAAAGAACUCGACGAACUGGUUCCCGGCCAAUAUUGUCAACGGGAAGUUUCAGCGAUGAGUACUAUCCAGUACGUCAGGAUCUAUCGCACGAAGAUUUCCGUAGAAUAACAAAAAUAUCGAGUCUCUCGUCUAUCGAUGAAAGUACGGAGAGCUCACCUAGUCACAUACCGAGACGUUUCUCUGAAUUUGGUAACCAUCCGUCACCCAUUCAGGAGGAACCAUCGACAGUCAUAUUCACUGUUGGCUCUAAAAAAGUUGACGUUACAGGUCGUCAGUCGAAUGAUGAUGAUACCAAAGAACCCAACAGGAGAGUUCCCAUUUCCGUAUUGAGAGCGCAAUUUUUAAACAAGAGAAAUGAUGAGAAUACUGACGAGUCUCUUGUGAAGAGCAAAUUUCAAGAUGGGCCUGAGCAACAGCGUAAAUCAUCUCAUGAUCUCAUGUGCGAAGAAAUUAUGAAGAGGGAUUUAGAGAUGUUUAGGUUGGGGCAUUUUAAUGCACAGAGUGACAGCAGUGAUGGUGAUUAUGAGGAGGAUGAGGAACGUGGAGUUAUUUUUGAGAAUAUUCUCGAUGUGAAAGGGAGUACGCCACGUGUUCAAGACGAGAAUCUUAUUGAAGGCAAUUCGCCAAACGUCCAUCAUUCUUCAUUGAUAAAGAACAAUGACUCUAUGAAUAUUCAAACAGCCGCUCAGAAAAAUGUUAAAAAUACGACAUCAUUACCGGCAUGUGAUCCACGUCAAAUCUCCAAGAAUAAAUCUCAACCGGUGAAUGUUAAACAGAGAGAUGACAGCAUUCACGAGGAUCAGGCGUAUUCGAAACUUUCGUUGGGGAAUUUAGAGGCGAAUUGCAUCGUCAAUCCCACGCCAAUCGUGACAAUUACUCCUCCUCACCGGCCAUCUUUGCAUCGUGUCUCCAGUACAAAAAGUACAAGCAGUUACAUCAACUCCUUGAAGUACAGAAUAAGCAAUGGCUCAUUAUUCAAGUACAGAGAAGAAACAAGAGCAGCUAGAGUGAGUGCUUUUGUGAUUGUCAUGAGUCUUAUCUGUUGGACUCCCUAUUUUAUUGUCUUGAUAUUGAAAAACUUGCCAUGCUAUUUGGUUGAUUAUGUACCACAUGAAAUCGACAUUGUAGCUAUUAAUCUUUUCAUUUCAACGGCUUACAUCAGUCCCAUGCUUUUUGGAUAUCGAUCCAAAAGAGUUAAGAGAGAACUGCAGAAAUUAUUCUGCUUCAGGCGAGAGCUGUCUUAUCAGAAUAAUCGCUCGUUGAUGGCUAAGAAGGUUUUGAAGAGAAGACACAGUGGGAAUCUAUCCAAUUUCGAAGUCGAUAAUAAAUGCAAUAUAUUUCAUUGUGUUUAUGGAAAAAACAAAUGGCCAAAGGAGAAAGUACAGUUCAUACAGGUACCAGAGACGGCUCUCAUUGUUGAGACCUGCAGGAGCAGUUUUUCAAGUGGUGCUAGUACGCAAGUGUCGAGUACUUCUACUGAUGAUUGCUGAGAAAUUUCAUUUAAGCCAAUGAAUUGCAGCCCGGAGGUGAACUAUUUUUAAAUAAUCUGUACCCAUCUGUUUCGGCUUCAGUUUAUUCAGCAGUUCGACUCUCUGAUUGCAUGUCUUCCGAAUGUUAGAGAAAUCUUUGGAAGAUGAAAUAGUUUAAUUGUGUAAUGCUCUCAAUCAGAAUUUCAUGAACAAAGAUUAUCUCACUCUCAAGAUACAGCAAUAGUAUUAAAUCGAUGACUACUCUCAACACUAGUCUUAUCUAUGACAAAUCUUUAAUUAUCGCCAUUCUUUCAUUUUUAUAUCUGUAAAAAUAAGAUGAAUAUGAAUAGUGUGUGUUUAUUAUUAGCGAACAUUAUUUUUAAUCGUCACCAAUGAAUACAUUAAAUUAUAAAAUAUGUCGUCAAUGAAGGCAGGGGAUGUAAAUAUUUUUGCUAAUGCUCUUCCGAAUUCAACUUAUUUUUAUUCAUUCUGUACAUGAUCAUAUUUACAUACAGUAGACUCCCGUUACAGCCGCGUGCAUAGGAAUGUAGCAAAAACUAAUUCGGAGAGUUCAAUUAUAUAAUACGAGAAAUUUAUUUUUCGGCUUUGUUUUGCCCGGAAUUUAAUUCCUCACCGGAUGAUACAAUUGAUUGUUUACAUGACCCGGAUUCGAAUCGUAGCUGGGACUAUCGGCAUUUUUUUCUCUCGAAAUUCUCGCUUUAUUUGAAUUUUCGGAGUGUAGAGUGGGAAAACCGAUACGUGAACGAAGGAAUUGAGAAAUGUUGCGACUGUGAGGGAUUCUACUGUAGUCUAAUGGAAAUCAAGAUCUCAGGAUUUGUCUCUCAUCUUCCAAGUGUCUUUGUAUAUUACAAAUUCAAUAUCCGGGUUAUUUAUAUUAAAUAACAUGUAAAUAUUGCGAGAAAAGAGCAGACAGGUAGAUUUGAAAACAUGAAUAGAUAGCGAUAUGAAUUUUUGGCAUCCACUGUGCCAAAGUUUUUUGUACUAUCAACAAUCGUCAGAUGAAAAAGGGUUUUAUGGUCACCAGCAUCAAUCUGUACUCACAUUAUAAUUAUAACAAUUAUUAUAAUUCCUCCAACAAUUGCAUUUGGGAAAUGGUUGAAUUAUCGGAUGUAAUUCAUUGUUUUAUCAAAUUAUAAACAUCAAGUACAGCUCGAUGCAACUUGUCCCAUGAUCAUCUGACUGAUCGUUAUCUUCCGACGAAUAAAUUUUGAUUUUCGAUACA